AUGAGACUAACCCCCCCCUAUUCGGUUGACGAGGCAAUCGGCGCCACUUGGACCUCAAUUGUUCAUGACGGCAAACAGGAAUCUCCCAUCCAUGUCUACCAGGGCGAAAUGGAGAGGUUCACGUCUUGGGCACAACCAGGCAGUGUGCGACGUGUACUACGGUAUGAUUCCGACCCACCGUCCCCUCGUGACCAGCCGCCCAGCGUCCAUGGUACGGUGGAGUCCGAGCCCGUCAACAGGGAGUUCGUUGUCGAGGGCCGCUUGAUCAAGUGCUUCAUCUCGCGCCUAGAAAACCCGCUCCCCUCGCUCUGUGCAUCUCUAUCGACGCCUCCUCCCUCCAUUGUCUGCUCAGUCCCAGUCCGCCGCUGCUAUGGUGUUGAGGAAGAGCAACGCAAUGGUCGAUUUGGGGGGCUUGGAGGCCAUCGACUAGCCUACAAGAGCACCGUGCUGUUGGGCUAUGCUGAUGAGGGGAUGUCGAUGCUCCUCAGGUCUUGGUUCAGAGACAUGGAGAACGAGCAGGUGGCGCCUCCAGCGACAAGCCAGCCAACUUUGGGUGCUGCCGCUUCCAACCCUUUGUUGGUCGCUUCGUCCGGUCUCAUUGGCGCAGCCCUCGGUGAAGAGGACAUGCGCUUCUCCAGCAACGAAGCUGAGCUCGCUCAUGAGCUGCCGCCGGUGGCGGUUGACUUGUCUGGGACUAACGCGUUAUCUCCUCAUGAUGGAAUAAUACCAGAAGAUGACUGA